GGUCGAGAGAGAAAGAGAGUGGGGCCGAUGUGAUUUUCAGGCGUACUCGACAACGCAAUCAACAAUCCGUUCAGUCUGCCGUACGAUCGGAUCGAACGGAGAUAAUGUUGCCAUUGCGUACAUUCUACGGUUCAUCGUAUCGUUCAAAGUGAACGUUAACGUCAAGUUGCGAAAACUUUUUCUUUCGAUAAAAGCGAACGUUGUGCGCGUACACGACAGAAUACGUGUAAAACACAAAAUUUACAUGCAAUCUUGUCGUUUUUUUUUUUUUUUUUCAUUAUAGUGACCUCCAUGCAGUACACGUGACAGUGACGUGUGGUUUACGCGCAAUAUGGUGAUCGCGGUGUAGAUAUUGACGGCCGUCGAAAUUAACGAGAAAUCAUAUUGCGCGAGAAGAUUCUCGGUCUGUCAUAUCUGUGUAAAAUUUUCCUCCUUUUACUUUAUCCCCUCGGAAACGCACGUCCACAAUUCCACCUCCAAAGGCGUCUUCGUCCUUCAGUGGCGUCAUCGUUGACGCCAGUAUCCGACAGUGUCAUAGGAUCAACGAAGAUAGCAGCUUACGAGUUGAGAUUUUCUGCUCGUUCUCGCGACCGCAUUUUCGUCCCGCUUCGUUUCCCGCUACAAUAGAUGAUCGAGAAACGACGCCGCUGCGAAAACUCAAGAUCGAUUCGGAUAAAAAAAAAAAAUAAUAAUUCUUCUCAUCUCGUGCGAAGCUUUCGGCCGCGCCAUGUCGUCGUAGAUCGACGGUGGGUCUUGGGUGUCGGCAAAGUGAUCGCCGCCUGAGCACGAGCGAUGAUUUGCGAAAGGUAAUUUCAAGUGCCUGGGUAUGGUAACACUGAUACAGCAGCAACAGCAGCAGCGGCAGACGUCCGAUAGCAGCCAGAAGGAGCAAGAUCAGAACGGAGCGUGUGUCGUGCCUAUCGAGGGUCAAUACGCGGUCAACAGGUUACAAGAUACCGAGGUUGCUUGCACCACAGCGAGGGAAACCGUCGUUCCGACAAAUGGCAGCGUUGCGAGUUUCUCUACGCAGUGCAGUGACAUAGAGGACGACGACAAUGACGAAGAAACGGACGUCGAAGAGGGCUGGAUCGAGAAUCUGCCGGUGCAAUCGGGCAUCGUCCAGCAGCAAACGGUCGCGACCACAAACGGCGAUCUCGUUCUACCGAACGCCGAUCCGUCGAGCUUCGGCGACGUGUGCGUGAAGAACUCGACAAACGUGCAUCUGGGUAACAAGACUUUCUACAAGGGUCCGGUCACUAUAAAGCAGUUCGUUUACACGAAUCCCGCUCUGGUGCAAGAGCUCUCGAGCGUCAAUUUGUCGACGAACAAAAGCAACGGCAUCACUGACGUACCUGGUUUUCCUCAAAAUCCAGAAUUAGAUAAAGUGACGCAGUGGCUAUGGACGUGGAGAUGCGCGGCUUUGCUGUGCGCUCUGGUCGUAAUAUUACUGGCCACGGUAGUCAUCACCAUUCUGUAUUUAACUCGUAACACAGACUCGUCAGCCAGUUUUACGCAGCCGAUCCCGGACAUUCCGGACUCAUCUAUCACGGGUGUAAACAUAAGCUCGGUACGAUUUGUCGAGCGAAACGAAUGGGGCGCGCAACCGCCUUCAGGAUCUAUGUCGUUGUUGAAGCUGCCAGUACCUUAUGUAAUCAUCAGCCACACCGCUACGGAUUUCUGUAACACACAAUCGGAGUGCACCUUUCGCGUGAGAUUCGCUCAGACCUUUCACAUCGAGUCAAGAAACUGGUCGGACAUUGCUUACAAUUUCCUUGUCGGCGGUGACGGUCUCGCGUACGUCGGUAGAAGUUGGGACUACGUCGGUGCCCAUUCGUUCGGUUUUAACGACAAGAGCAUCGGUAUCUCUUUCAUCGGUACAUUCAACACCGUUUCGCCAAAACCAGAACAAUUACAUGCCGCGAUGAAAAUUAUAGAAAUUGGUGUCAAGACCAAUAAAAUUAGCCCCGACUAUAAGCUGUUGGGCCAUCGACAGGUUUCGAAAACUUUAAGUCCCGGAGAAGCUCUUUAUGGAAUAAUUAAGAAGUGGCCGCACUGGUCGCCUACUCCUUAAUGUGAUAAUGUGAAUUCAUAAAAAAAAAAAAAAAAAAAAAUGACGGAAAUAUGAUCCUGAAAAAUUGUUGAAUAUAUUUUUUCAUUAUAUAUGUUUGCUGUCUGUAUUACUUUGGACAGACAAUUUUAUAAUUCGAUCUUAUAUAUUUUUUUAAAACAAAUUAUUUUUUUAAUGCAAAUUAUUUUUUUAAUACAAAUCAAACGCGCUAAGGACUGAUAAAGUAUUUAAAAAGAAGCCAUGUAAAUAAGUUCUCUAUCAUAUAAGUAAGUUUUCUUUAGACAAGUAGCGUAUGAACGCAUACAGGCACCAAUUAAUUUAGUGCAAUAUCUGGCUAGUUACGUAAAAUUUUUACUUUGCGAAUAAAAUACCAAAUGGAACAAUCGGUAUCAAAAUAGAGAGGAAAAAAGACAGAAAGAGAGAGAGACAGAGAGAGAGAGAGAGAGAGAGAAAGUAAGAAAGAAACAGCUCAACAGGAAGAAAAAAUGGUAGGUUGCGGAGAAUCGUAAAGGAAAAGAGAAAUAAACAGAAGCGAAAGAAGUCUGGGUGGUUUCCCGAGUGCGUUUCAGUUACCUCGCGUUCGAGGGCGGUUUUCCUGUCCGCGCGACUUAUUCUCCGCACUUGUUAACAGUGUGCGCGAGCCUGCUAAAGUGGUCCCGCUGCUAAUUACCUGCGUUAUUUUUUUACAACUCUCUCGCGUUUCCAUCCAUUGCCCCUUCCUCUUUCUCUCUCUCUCUCUCUCUCUCUCUCUCUCUUUUUUUCCGAGUCUUCGUUCUUCUCUUCAGCGAUGGAGUUCAAUAUUUUCUCGUGGGUGCCGCGGUUUUAUUUAUCCGUGAGCUUUAUGCCACGACGAAGAAAGAGAGAAA